CGCGGCACGCGCACUACCAGCCGCCUGGCCCUGCUGCUGCAACGCCGGUGGCGCAGGCAAAAGAGCAGCUGCAGCCGCGAGUCCUUAAAUAGCCUCGCGACCCGGCGCGGGGCAGUUGGUGGACUGCAGUGACAGCCGCCUACAGGGCUGCCGGGGCAGCGGAGGAGAAUUCUGCCUAAGGAAUCACCAGCACAGAACCAUGGAAAUCCAUGAAUUGUUCCGGUAUUUUCGGAUGCCAGAGCUGAUUGACAUCCGGCAGUAUGUGCGUACGCUUCCAACCAACACACUCAUGGGCUUUGGAGCUUUUGCCGCGCUCACCACUUUCUGGUACGCCACGAGACCUAAGGCUCUGAAGCCACCCUGUGACCUCUCCAUGCAAUCUGUGGAAGUAGCGGGUACUGAUGGUGCUCGAAGAUCAGCGCUUCUCGACAAUGACAAGCUCUUGGUGUACAUCUACGAUGAUGUCAGAACACUGUACGAAGGCUUCCAGAGGGGCCUUCAGGUGUCAAACAAUGGCCCUUGCUUAGGUUCUAGAAAGCCAAACCAGCCCUAUGAAUGGAUUUCCUACAAGCAGGUUGCAGAACUGGCUGAGUGCAUAGGCUCCGCACUGAUCCAGAAGGGGUUCAAGGCCUCCCCAGAGCAGUUCAUCGGCAUCUUUUCUCAAAAUAGACCUGAGUGGGUGAUCAUCGAACAGGGAUGCUUUACUUACUCGAUGGUGAUUGUUCCACUCUACGAUACCCUUGGAACCGAAGCCAUCACCUACAUAGUGAACAAAGCUGAGCUCUCUGUGAUUUUUGCUGACAAUCCAGAAAAGGCCAAACUCUUGUUAGAAGGUGUAGAAAAUAAGCUAACUCCUUGCCUUAAAAUCAUUGUCAUCAUGGACUCCUACGGCAGUGAUCUAGUGGAACGAGGCAGAAAGUGUGGGGUGGAGAUCAUCAGCCUGAAGGCCCUGGAGGACCUUGGAAGAGUGAACAGAAAGAAGCCCAAGCCUCCAGUACCAGAAGAUCUUGCAGUAAUUUGUUUCACAAGUGGAACUACAGGCAACCCCAAAGGAGCAAUGAUCACUCACCAAAACAUCAUUAGCGACUGUUCAGCUUUUGUGAAAUCAACACAGAGUGCAUUCACUGUUUCCCCGGAUGAUACUCUGAUCUCUUUCUUGCCUCUCGCCCAUAUGUUUGAGAGCAUUGUAGAGUGUGUGAUGCUGUGUCACGGAGCUAAGAUAGGAUUUUUCCAAGGAGAUAUCAGGCUUCUGAUGGAGGACCUCCAGGUGCUUCAGCCCACUAUCUUCCCUGUGGUCCCAAGGCUGCUGAACCGGAUGUUUGACAGAAUCUUUGGACAAGCAAACACCACAGUGAAGCGAUGGCUCUUGGACUUUGCCUCCAAAAGGAAAGAAGCCGAGCUUCGCAGCGGCAUCAUCAGAAACAACAGCCUGUGGGAUAAACUCAUCUUUCGCAAGAUACAGUCAAGCCUGGGUGGAAAAGUCCGGCUGAUGGUCACAGGAGCGGCUCCGGUGUCCGCCACAGUGCUGACGUUUCUGAGGGCAGCUCUCGGCUGUCAGUUCUAUGAGGGCUACGGACAGACCGAGUGCACCGCUGGUUGCUCCCUGAGCAUGCCUGGGGACUGGACGGCAGGCCAUGUCGGUGCCCCCAUGCCUUGCAAUUAUAUAAAGCUUGUCGAUGUGGAAGAAAUGAAUUACAUGGCUGCCAAGGGCGAGGGUGAGGUGUGUGUGAAAGGGGCAAAUGUGUUCAAAGGCUACUUGAAGGACCCAGCAAAAACAGCAGAAGCCCUGGAUAAAGAUGGCUGGUUACACACGGGAGACAUUGGGAAGUGGCUACCAAAUGGCACCUUGAAGAUUAUCGACAGGAAGAAGCACAUAUUUAAACUAGCCCAGGGAGAGUACAUAGCACCAGAAAAGAUUGAGAACAUCUACCUGCGAAGCGAAGCCGUGGCCCAGGUGUUUGUGCAUGGAGAAAGCCUGCAGGCAUUUCUCAUAGCUGUUGUGGUACCAGAUGCUGAGAACCUGGGUUCCUGGGCCUCCAAGAGGGGAUUUCAAGGCUCAUUUGAGGAGCUGUGCAGAAAUAAGGAUGUCCAGAAGGCUAUCCUGGAAGACAUGGUGAAACUCGGGAAGGAAGCUGGUCUGAAGCCGUUUGAGCAGGUCAAAGGCAUUGCUAUACACACGGAAUUAUUUUCUACUAGCAAUGGCCUUCUGACUCCAACAUUGAAGGCAAAAAGGCCAGAGCUACGGAACUAUUUCAGGUCACAGAUAGAUGAAAUGUAUUCCACCAUCAAGAUUUAAUGUGAAGACGACAACUUGGAAGAAACGGCACACCUCCACAAUCCUCCUUGUACCAAUGGCCUUCGCGUUGGUGACAAACUUCGCCUGCAGCAAGUGUAGGAAAGGAAAUGGCCAUGAGGGACUUGUCCGCAGGGUCUUACCGUAGGGAUUUUAGAGGGCACGGAACACUGCCUUACAGUCACGUGUGUUGCAGCCCACGACCCUGGUGAUACACGAUUUCCAAAACGAGCCUUAAAUAUUGUAAAGGGGAACCCAUAAAAGUGCUAAGUUAUUUAAGAUUUCCUCAGCCACUAAGGUGGGGUGUUAAAACUUCUUGUCUCCUGUCUUUCUCACCGAGGGGUUAGGACUUUGCUCUCUCUGAUGUGUCUGCCCCUUGCUGCUGCUCUCGAGAAUACAGUGCACUGGAGGAAAGCUGUCCCUUCAUGAGUACGAACAAGUGUCCAGGCGGAAGCAAGUCGCCGCGGACCACAGAUUUCUCUUUUUAAAUCCCUUCCCCCUCCACUCCUCCACCUCCUACACAAUACACUCACACAACCCUUCCUAUUUGUAAGGGUUCCAAACGGUCCCUGCUGUGCCUGCUGGGACACAGGUUCCCAGCAAACUAAAAGACCAGUCCUCCUCAGAACAAUGCUGGCGCCCAGUCUCAGAAAAAAAGAAAAAAGAAAAGAAAACAUGGUGGCUCCUGCGAGCCAGCAGCUUCCCAUACACGCAGCAGGAUGCCCUUGGACUCUUCUCCAGAUCUGACCCCCUGUGCCCUUCCCAGGCCUUGUGAGAACUCCUGCCUUAGACUCUGCAAUGAAGAUGGUCUGUCGGAGAACGACCUGGAUUGGCCACGUUCAGCUGCGAUUCCUCCGCUGCUGUCCACCGGCUCCUCGUGGAACCGCCUCACACCUGUGAUGGCCACUGGGCUCCAACCCUGGUUUUCCUAGCCAAUGAUGAUGUGGGGAUCAACUUGCUGUUUUUCCUCCCAGUUAAACUCAGGCAAAGCGUGUCUUCAAAACUGUUAAGGGAGUUGGUAAAUAUGGGUACUUAUUAGAACGGACAGUAGUGAGUAAAUGUAAAACUACCUGAUUUCUGUGAGAUGCAUUUGACAAGCCAACAUUCUGGUAUGUAGAAAUCUGGGAGAAAUCCUGGGAUUAACUCCUCAAGGAAUUUUUGUUUUGCAAAGUUAAUUUGGGAAAUUAGCAGCAUUUCACUUUACUGCGAGUCUUUGCCACCUGUGACCUGGUCAUGCUGUCGUUUAUACCUUUGAGGCCACCCUUGUUGGCCGUGUGACAGUGCGUGUGUUACUGAACCACAACUGGGUUUGCACUAAGGAAUCGUCAUUGUAAUAACACUAUUUGGUAGCCUAACUUCAUACUUGUAUUCUUAACUGCACAAGAAGUCAAUAAUUUUCACAACGGGGGUUUUGAAUGUUUGCUUUCAGUGUUGGCUAUUUCUAUGUUUUAUAAACCAAAACAGAAUUUCCAAAAACAAUGAAGGAAACCAAAAUAAAUAUUUCUGCAUUUCGA